GAUACGCAGUUUUUGAUGGAACAGGUUAUCAAUUGGUGGGAAGGUGAUUCCACUAUGAAAAAGAAAGUGAACAAGAAGGCUCAAAGCAAGAGUCAAACUGCCAACCUAGAGGAAAGGAGACACGAAGAAUCUGUUUCCUCAGGCAUACUCUCGAGCGAGAAUACGCACGCAGAUCGUUCAGUUUCGUGCAAAGAAAGAAACAUGGAAGUCAGAGAAAGCGAGCGACACUUGAAAAGAGUCAUGGAAAUAGAUGAAAACUUCAUCAAGGCAAUGAUGGAGGUAAAACAGGACUCGCCAUCAACAAGAGAGGCACUAGAUGCCAUCUUGCAUGAAUUCCAAAAUAUGAAAGCCUUGGCUCUUCAGACAAUUGAACACAACGCCUAUCUAACAGGCAAAGCUGAGGUAGAGUCCAAAGGAGGUACCUACUCGAAGGCUCUUUCAGCAGGAGGUGAGCAAAACAGGAACAUGCAGGGAUCGCAACGGGCCCUGAUAAUUAAAGAUCUAACAGGAACUGGUAACCCUCAACAGGAAAUAAGAGCAAAACUUAACAACUUCGAGCCAGCUGAGUUUGGUCUCGUUGAUGUUGAGGUCAAGAACAUAAAGGAUGGGGUAGCAGUAGUCUCAACUAAAGUCGAAGAUCUCAGGAGCCUAGAGUCAGGUCUCAAGGCCAACCAGGAGACGUGCCACUUCUCUACAAGGAUUUCAGAGGGUCUCUCUCCCGAAGUAAAGAUUGUUGGCGUGGACCUCGGACUUAAUGAAAACGAGAUUCCGGAAAGAAUCAUCCAGCAAAACAAUCUCACUGGAAAUGAGGAGGAUGUUAAAAUAGUGUGGGUAACAAAGAAAGAGUCAUCAAAGUCAGUCACGUUAAGGAUAAGUAACCGAGAACUCGCAAAUGAGAUGGUAAAAAGAGGCCAUGUAAACAUCGGCUGGUCUCGCUGCAGAGUCUAUGAGAAUGUGCUAGUGUCAAAAUGUUCUAGAUGUGCACGUUUUGGGCACAUAGAGAAACAGUGCAGAUCAAGAGAAGUAAGAUGUACAGAAUGUGGUGGAGCCCACUACUACAACGAAUGCCAGGCAGCGACUAAAUCCUGCCCUGUAUGCAAGGAGAAGGGCUUCAACUACAAGAAACACUCAAUGUGGGACGCAACAUGCCUAGCCUUUGAUGAGGCCUAUGAGUCACAGAGGCGACGAUUGGGAUUUUUUCCAAAGUAACUAACGCAACGACUCUUUUUUUUUUUUUUUUUUUUUUUUUUAGAUUCUCUUAUUCCCUCAAAAAAAAAAAAAAAAUUUUUUUUUUCUUUCUUUUUCUUUGCCUGGUAGUUAUUAAUUAUAAAAAUGUGUAAUGAAUCAUUAAACAUAAUUCAGCUAAAUCAAGCUAGAUCAAUAAAAGCAACAACUCAACUAAAUAAUCUACAGACUCACUUUAAACAGGACAUAUCAGUUGUUCAGGAACCUUAUGCAUUAAACAAUAAAAUAAUAGGCUACCCAAUAAAAUCGAAAAUAGUAAGUCACCCAGUCCUACCAAAAACAGCCAUCAUAAUUCAUAACGAAAAAAUCCAUAUUUUCCCAUUACUAACUACACAAAAUAUAACAGCUGCAAGAAUAAAAUGGCAAGACGAAUUCAUUAACAUAAUUAACUGUUACGUUUCACCAAAAGAUAACAUCGAACCCUAUUUUUUAGAGAUUGAGGAAAUCUUAAAAUUAAAAAGUAAAGAGAAUGUAAUAAUUCUAGGAGACUUUAACGCUAAAAACAUAGUAUGGGGAGGUUCAACUUCUGAACCAAGAGGAGAGAGACUUUUUGAAUUCAUUGUUAGAAACGACUUAAAUAUUCUAAAUAACGAAAAGUCACUCCCUACUUUUGAAACUAAAAACGGAAAAAGCUGGAUUGACUUAACUCUUAUCAAUAAAACCAUGGCAAACAAAAUACAAAAAUGGGAGGUUCUGGAAGAAAAUUCGCUUAGCGAUCAUAGGUAUAUAGCAAUAACAGCUUUUAAUAAACAUACUGAACCAAUAAAACGUCUAACCAUGAAGGGAGAAUUUCAGGUAAUAGAAAAACUUAAACGAGACACAUGGUUCCAAGAAAUAAUAGAAGAAGACAUAGUAAAUCCUACACAGAUAGAAUUAAUAAUAAACACUUUCUAUUCAAAAAUCGAAAAUCUAGUAAAGAAAUAUACCAAAACUAUAAAAACAACAGAUUCAAUAGCAAAACCAUGGUGGAACAUUGAACUAGAAAUAGAAAGGAAAAAAGUAAGAGCAUUACGAAGAAGAUAUCAAAAAGCAAGUGAGGACAAUAAAGAAAGUUUUAAACAAGUAUAUCUAGCAACAUUACAGGAAUAUAACAAUAACAUAAGUAAAGCAAAGGACUCAUCUUGGAAAGAAUUAUGCUCUACUGUAAAAAACAAAAAUCCAUUUACUCUACCAUACAAAUUAGCAACAAACAAAAUUAAGAAUCAAAUGAUAAUUCCGGUUAUAAAAAAAGAUAAUGGUCUUCAAACAGAAACAGAAGAAGAAUCGGUCGAAUAUCUGCUAGGAAAAUUGUACAACUUUGAAGAAAGUCACAACAAAACACUUGUUAAUCCAAUUAUUUCAGAUAAAAUAGAAAACCAUGAAUUCUUACCUUUUACUACGAUAGAAGUAGAUUAUAUAGUGCAAAAUCUCAAAAAACGAAUUGCCCCAGGACCUGAUAACUUAAGAACCUCAUUUAUUCAAGCACUUUAUUAUUCACAUAAACAAUUCUUUAUAAAAAUCUUCAACAGCUGCAUUAAACUAGGUUAUUUUCCGAAAAGAUGGAAAUCUUCCAAGAUCAUUUUAAUUCCCAAAAACAAACAAUCAGAUAAAAUAGAAGAAACUUAUCGACCUAUUGCAAUUAAUUCAAUACUAGGAAAAGUCUUCGAAAAAUUGAUUAAUAAUAGAAUUUACCAUUUCUUAGUAGUAAAUGAUCUAUUACCAUUAAAUCAAUAUGGAUUUAAGCAUGGAACAUCCGCAAUUAAUGCAUUAGAUAAUAUAAAAGAAGUAAUAAAUAAAGCAAAACUUGAUAAAUUGCAGUCCCUUAUAAUUUCCUUGGAUAUCAAAAACGCUUUUGGAAACAUUAAUAAAGAUAUUGUCAUUAAUAUUAUGAAGAAACAUCAAAUACCUACGUACCUCAUUAAAAUCACAGCUAACAUUUUAACAGAAAGAAAUAUAACGUAUAAAUCAUCUACAGUUAAUUUUAACAAGACAUUAGAAAGUGGUUCCCCUCAAGGAUCACCGCUUAGCCCUACAUUAUGGAAUCUCACUAUAUCAGAGCUUUUAAAUACAAGAAUGCCAAGAAAUGUCACUAUACAAGCAUUUGCAGAUGACGUUACCUUAAUAGUCAAGGGCACCAGUAGAACACACCUAGAAAGAAUAGGUAACGAAGCAUUACAGGAACUCUAUAUAUGGGCUAACAACAAUAAACUAAGUUUUAAUCCUCAAAAAUGCGAAUCCUUAGUUCUAGGAAAUAAAUACAAAGGCAAACCACCAAAACUACAAUUAGGCAAUGAUAUAAUAAAGAAUAAAAAUGAACUAAAAAUAUUAGGCGUGAUUUUUGACAAAGGAUUAACCUUCAUUCCGCAUCUGAAAGAGGUAAAAAACAAAAUCACUCAAGUGACAGCCAAAAUAUCGCAAUUCAGUAAAAUCAAUUGGGGAAUGAAACCUAAGCAAUUAAGACAAAUCUAUAUAAGGGGAAUCGAAAGAAUGAUUACUUAUGGCUCUCAAGUAUGGUACAAAAAACACACCCACAUUAUAAGAAAACUAACAUCAAUACAGAGAAUAUUUUUAAUAAAAAUAUGCAAGGGUUUCAGCACAAUAUCUAACAUGGCUCUUCAAGUCAUUUGUAAUGUCGCACCAAUACACUUAACCAUAGAAAAAGAAAAUGCUUUAUAUGAUAUAUUCCACAAAGGCAGCAAUUUUACAUUUAAAGAACAGUCUUUCAACAAAUCAAAUAUAGCUGACAAAAUAGAAUUAUGGCAUACACACCCUGCUGAAAGAGUCGCAAUAAAUUACAGAACUGAAUCAAUCAAGUCAGACUAUAAUAUAUAUACUGAUGGUUCAAAAGAUGGAGAAAAAACUGGCUCAGCAUUUGUAGUUAUGACAAAAGAAAAUAGAAUUCAUGAUCAAAAACAAUUUUCCCUCCCAGAAUACUCUAGCAAUUUUGAAGCAGAAACUACGGCUAUAGUAGAAGCAAUCAAAUAUAUAUCAAAUCAUAAAGAACGCAGUCACUUUCAAAUCUUAACUGAUAGUUUGUCUACAUUGCAAGGUCUGAAGAAUCCAUAUAACAAAAACCCAUUCAUAAAUAAAAUAAAAAACGAGAUACAAAAAAUACACUUAAACCAUGAAAUUACAUUAACAUAUGUAAAGGGACACUCAGGAAUAGUAGGUAACGAAAUCGCAGAUGAGCUGGCAAAAACAGCAUGGAAGCAUGGUGUGCAAACAACAUUACCAAUGACAAAAUCCUUCCUUAAAAACGUAUUAUCAAAACAACGAAAAGAAAAAUGGAACAACUAUUGGAAGAAAGUUAAUAAAACAUAUGCAGCAGAAUGGAUCGAAGAUGUUGCAAAUAUACCUGCACAUCUUCCACUAAAUUAUUACACUACACAAGCUGUCUCGGGUCAUGGAAGAUUCCCAUAUUAUUUUUUGAGAUUUAAUAUAAUAGAAAGAAAUAAAUGUAAAUGUGGUUCUGUCGCAAAAAAUUUCGAUCAUUAUCUAUUUACAUGUACCGAAACUAACGAAGAAAGAAAAGAGCUGAACAAAAUUCUGAAAAGUACCAAAUCACUUAACAAACGGGAAAUUAUUAGUAACCCAGCAGCAUUAAAAAUAAUUGAGGAAAUAACAAGGAAAAUCAACGAGCACGUAUAUAUACACGAUAUGUAGUUAUAACACAAAAAGAAUCAAUAAACAAAUGAAGUAAUCACUCAAGUGCCUCUAAAUAAGUAAUUAAAUAUUUAAACAUAUUAACAAAAAAAAAAAAAAGAGAAUAAUAACAUCUUUCUAAUACUCUAAGAUACAAACCUUAAUAACUUCAAUCAGUCUCCCAGUCUUGAUGAAAAGUACUUCAAAGAGGAAUAACGAAAAUAAGAAUAGCAAAAUGAAAAUAAUUGAGGAAAACCAUUAAAAAAGCAACUUUAAAUUACAUUGAAAAGAGGAAAAAAAAAAUAAUUCAGUAAGAUUUUUAACACAAGAGUAUAAUAAUGCCCUAAAAUUAAACGCUGUCAUCUUACAUUGGAUCACUCAUACUGAAGGGAAAAAAAAAAAAGAA